UCCAAGAUUUGAUUUGCCUGAAAUUUAGUUUUCGAACAUGUAACCAACUAUGAUAUACUCAUCAUCGUGCUUUCUUAAAUCGUAAAUUUAGUAUAUGUAGUUUGAAAAUAAAACCGUUGAAUCAUUUAGGAGUUUGGAUAAAACUUAAUUACGGUAGAUGGAGAUGGAUGAUGAUACAUUUUUAAGCAUUCAACCAAUCAAGAUCCAUCCCACCUGGUUUUUCCUUUUUUUAAUUCUAGAUCACCUGUUUUCUUCUCAACUACCCAAUAAUUUUUUCAACUUUUAUUCCAUAAUUUAUGCUAAGAUGUCAACUACGCAGACAGCAAGCUGCAAGUUGAUUUACUUCACAAUGUCAAACCCGCUUGUAAGACAGAAAAAGACACAAACUUUAUUGUAAAUAUAUAGAGUUGGCCAAAUAUAGGGUUUUGUAUUUGUUCUCUCCAAUUAUCAGUUUUUGGUGAGAGACCAAAGAUAGGAGGAGGUCAAAGUAAUAAUGUGGUGAAAAGUUUUUUCAUGGGUUUCUCAACUUAAAAAGUGGGGGGAUUUUUUGGCUUGUCCCUCUCGAGUAUCUUUCACAUAAACACAGUGACGAAAAAUUACUUGUUUUCUUUUGUUUUUGGUGUAAAGUUGGAGUGAUGGGACGGAACCAAUUUGUUAGGAUUAUUCAGUUGUUCAUCUUGCUGCAGUUUCUUGAUUUUUGUCUGGCUCUGCCACUCUGCACUGAUUCGAGAGCGCCCUUUAGUCCAAAUUCGAGUCUGCAGUUCUGCCCUUACAAUGGCACCGUCUGCUGCAAUGCAUCUGAUGAUUUGCUUUUGAAGAAGCAGUUUGCAUCAAUGAACAUCUCAGAUCCUGCCUGCGCUUCCCUUGUUAAAUCUAUCAUUUGCGCAAGGUGUGAUCAGUUCUCAGCUGAGCUAUUCAGAGUCGAUUCUGUACCCCGACAAGUUCCCGUGCUGUGCAACUCCACAGUCUCACCAAACUCAACACAGUCGAACCAAGCUUCGUCCAACUUCUGUUCGCAAGCAUGGAACACGUGCCAGAACGUCUCCAUCCAGCACUCACCCUUCGCGGCUUCACUACAAGGCCGAGCUGGAGCUCCAACGGCCUCAAAUUCAAGCAAGCUGGCCGAUCUCUGGCAGUCUCAAGCAGACUUCUGCAGCGCUCUUGGUGGAGCAUCUGAUGAUGGGCUAGCGUGCUUUGAUGGCACGCCUGUCACCCUCAACGACACCGGUGCUGCCACCCCUCCAAGUGGGCUAUGCCUUGAGAAAAUCGGGAAUGGAACCUACCUCAACAUGGUUGGCCACCCCGAUGGCUCAAACCGUGCCUUCUUCUCAAACCAGCAAGGCAAGAUCUGGUUGGCAACCAUACCUAACCAGGGCUCCGGAGGGGUACUGGAGCUUGAUGAAGCUGCUCCUUUUCUAGACCUAACCGAUGAAGUCCAUUUUGAUACUGAGUUUGGACUGUUGGGAAUUGCAUUUCAUCCCAAAUUCACAGAAAACGGGCGCUUCUUCGCCUCGUUCAACUGUGACAAGGCCAAGUGGCCAGACUGUGCUGGGAGAUGCGCGUGCAACUCGGAUGUGAAGUGCGAUCCAUCAAAAUUAACUCCGGAAAACGGUGCCAAUCCUUGCCAGUUUCAGAGUGUGAUAGCAGAGUACACUGCUAAUGGAACUGCAUCACAGCCUUCGUUGGCAACGAGUGCUAACCCUUCGGAAGUGCGGAGGAUCUUCACCAUGGGGCUUCCCUUUACAUCUCACCACGCGGGGCAGAUCCUCUUCGGACCCGAAGAUGGCCAUCUCUACUUCAUGAUGGGAGAUGGUGGCGGCACAGGUGGCGAUCCCUACAAUUUUGCCCAGAACAAGAAAUCUCUACUUGGCAAGAUCAUGAGGUUUGAUGUUGAUACCAUACCAAGUGGAACGGAAGCUAGCCAACUUGGUCUCUGGGGCAACUAUUCCAUUCCCAAAGACAAUCCAUACACACUAGACAAAGAGCUACAGAAAGAAAUAUGGGCACUUGGACUAAGAAAUCCGUGGCGCUGCAGCUUCGAUUCUGCUAGGCCUUCGUAUUUCGCCUGUGCAGAUGUAGGACAGGAUGUUUACGAGGAAGUGGACUUGAUCACCAAGGGUGGAAACUACGGGUGGCGCGCCUAUGAGGGCCCGUACAAGUUCAACUCUUCCCAAUCGCCCAUUGCAAAUGCCUCACUAGGCUCAACAAUCUUCCCUGUGAUGGGGUACAACCACUCCGAUGUAAACACGAAUGAGGGCUCAGCAUCCAUCACCGGUGGUUACUUCUACAGAGCCACGACCGAUCCUUGUAUGCAGGGAAGGUACUUGUUUGCAGAUCUCUAUGCAGGGGCUAUAUGGGCAGGCACGGAGAGCCCCGUCAACAGUGGGAAGUUCACGAGCAGCAACAUCUCCUUCAGCUGUGCAACUGACUCGCCUCUGAGCUGCACGGAGACUCCCGGGAGCUCGCUUCCUGCAUUGAGCUACAUCUUCUCGUUUGGUGAGGACAACAGCAGGGAUGUCUACCUCCUUACACAGAGUGGCGUGUACCGUGUUGUCCGUCCUGGUCGGUGCAACUACGCAUGCGCCAAGGAGGGAGUCUCAGCCGCCUCAUCUCCACCCCCUGCAGCCUCCUCUCCCCGCCCUUCCGGAGCAGGCCCUAUGAGAGCUCCUUUUGGGGUUUUGGUGGUGAUGAUCUCGUUUUUGUGUUUGGCUUGCUUUAAUUUUGUUUGAGGAAAAAGGUGUGAGAUUUGUCUUGUUGGAGCAAUUGACUAUAUGUAGAUUGUUUUCUACUUUUGUGACUACAGAUUUUUACGUAGAAGAUAUUUGUACACACUUUCAAUUUGAUUAUGGAAAGGGGGAGGGAUGUUAUUUUUA